AUGCGCGAUAUGUUUAGUUAUUUUACUCGUCGAAAUAUAAAAUAUAUACAUUGUACUGCUCACAAAUUACAUUUAAUCAUAUGCAACAGUUUGAAUCUCUGGGUUGCAUCAAAAAAAAAAAAAAAUACAACAGAUGGUGAAGAAGGUAUUGAAACUGGUACAAUGGAAGAUGAUGAAGAUGAAGCUCAAAUUAGUUUAAAUCAGAUGGUGAGAACGAUGUCCUUUGAUACUGUUUCAUUAUCUAACGAAAUAACCAAUGAUGAUAGUGAAAGUGAUGGAACAUCAAAAGAAGGUGAUGAUGUCAAUGGUGAAUUAGAGUCGAAUGAUCAAUUGAUUGAUGCAACAUCAGAUGAAGAAUGGAUGGAUGAGGAAGAUGAUGAUGAAGCAACUGAUAAUUUUAUUGAAGGAAUUAAUACCGAAGAAACAUUACUUGAUUAUAUACCACAAAUGGUUAAAGAUACGAUUGAUAAAACACGUGAGAUUGUUAAUACAAUUAAAGGAUCAUCAAUAUUAACUAGUUUUAUUGAAAAACAAAGAUUAAAUUUUAAUGUACGUGUUAACAAAAAGAACAAAAUCAAACGACGUUUGGUAAUUGAUGUAAGAACACGAUGGAACAGUACCUAUAAGAUGCUGCAUACAGUUAAUCUCUAUCGUGAUUUUAUUAAUGAUAUGUUCAAAUCAAAAGGAAGUCUUGAUCUUUCAGCUAAACAACGAAGAAAAUUAACACGUGUUGAACUAUCAAGUGAUGAAUGGGAUCUUUUAAAUUUGAUUAUUAGUUUAUUACAUCCAUUUUAUUCAGCCACAAAAGUUUUAAGCAAUACAAAAUAUCCAACUGUUGGAUCUGCAUUAUAUCUUAUGAAAAGUCUAGAAGAACAUCUUACAAAAGAAGAUAAUAAUGAAAUUUUAAAUGCUUUAAAACAAAUUGUAUUGAAUAAAUUUCAACAGUAUAUUAUUGAUGAUGUAGAACAAUUUAAUACGUUAAAAUUAUAUUCAUAUUUUGAUCCAACUGGUUUUUCGGCUCUUACAAGAGUUGAACAAACAAUAAUUGAAAAAGAUAUAACAAAAUUAUAUAAAAAUUUAUUCUUAUCAUCAGAAACUUCUUCGUCAUCAUCAAAUCAACAAACGAAAAAAAUAACUAAUAUAGACAAAGCUUGGCAAGGUUUUCUUAGAUCUACUAACAAGGAUUUACUUCAAGAACCAAUAGCAACAUCUACCAUUCAAUCAGAUAUAAAAAGAUAUCGAAAUUUGGCAACUAAAUAG